AUGCAAUGCCAGUUGGCAAUGCCAUUUUACCCGUAUACCGUCACAACCAAACGUCAGCAGCUAAACAGCAAAUUACGAGAAUCCUCCCAGCGAGCCGGGCUCCGGCAGCAUCAGCCCGGCGCCCGCACCCCGGCUCCGCGCCCCGCGGCCACAGCGCGCUCGGGACCCCAGAGCCCCCUCCCCGGCCCGGGGCUCGGAACCCGGCGGCGCCGGCCCUGUUCUCCGCUCCAUCCCCUCCGCUCGCCCCUCCAGGGCCGGGCGCGCGGCGCCGUCUCCCCUCGCAGCGCGCGCCGUGCAGCGGCCCCGGUCCCCGCGGCUCUCGGCCCUGCACCCCGAGGUCCGGGCGCUGCGCUGGCUCCUUCGCGCUCCUCGCGCGCGCGAGGCUCCAGCACCGCGCUCCUCUCCCGCCGCCUGCGACCGCCGCCGCGGACCCCCACCUUACUCACUUCCCGGCCGGAGCUGGGGGCGUCGAGAAGGUCUCCGCCGGCCGCAGCCUCCCCCGCCUCCUCCGGCCCGGCCCCCGCGGCUGAGGCGGCGGCAGCAGCGCCCGCUCAGGCCCUGGAGCCGCCCCCGCGGCGAACGUUCUCAGGCGCCCGGCACGCGCAGCGAGCCCGCCCCCGGCGCGAGGGCGCGAGGGCGCGAGGGCGCGAGAGCGCGAGGGCGCAGGGCGCAGGGCGGGGGGCGGGCGCGCGCCGCCAGCACGAGCGCGCGGCUGGGGGCGGGGCUUCCGCCGCGCCGGGGAGGGGGCGGGCAGGCGGGCCGAGUUCCCUUCGAGCCCCGCCCCCUGCGGCCGGGCGGGACCCGCCCCCCAGCUCCCCCGGCGGUUCCGGGUCGGCGGGGGAAACUUGCCCCCUGCGGGCUUCUCUUGCAGGCUGGCGGCGGGCGGCCGAGGUGCGUCUCAGCUUCACAGGUAUUUGCCCGGCCAGCUGGAUGUCGGCGCGACGUGACUACAAGGAGCGACAUACAAAGCAAGGCAAUAGUGAUGCAGCAUUUCAGAAUUUUCUAAAAACUCGGAAAGAAGAGGCAAGGAUAUUGGAAACUACCUAAAUGCCCAAACAUAGAAACCUGGUUGAAUAAACUAUGGUACUGACACACAACCGACUACCAGGAAGCAAUUAAAAGGAAUGAAGAAUAUUUUUAUGAACUGAAAUGUAGUAAUUUCCAAGGUACAUUAUUAAGUUAUAAAAGCAAAGUACAGAAGAAAAUAUGUCAAUUAUUGUAUAAUAAAGACAAGAAAUAAGAAAAUAUAAUGGAUUUGCUUA